GUGCGACAAGUUCUUCCCACUACAAAGCAACCAAACAGCUCAACAGCUGGUGUUCUACGUCAUAAAAAAAUCAAACUUUUGAACUUUAGAGAAAUCUUGGCAAAUAUUCCGAGUGCAACUGAAAUCAUAUUAAAAUACAAUACUCGAAUGUUAUUUAGUAGAAUAUUGUAUGUAUAUAAAUAAAUAUAACACCAGAUACCUCAAAAGAAAUCAGAGCAAGCUGUUACAUAUUGACAUUGAUAAAAAAAAAUCAUUUGUGUGAUAAGAGAGUGUUUAAUUGAUAAAAGCAAUUACAAAAUGCUUUCUUAUAUUAAACGUAAAUUAUCAGAGUCAGAUAGUAGCACCGCAAACAAUACAGUGUUCGGCGGAGCUCUAACGCGUAAAAUACAACAAAUGGCGUUAUCGAAUGAGGCAAUACCGGUUGGUGAGGAUGCGCUCCUACAGGAAUUAGGCUACCAAAAUGCUGAUGAUUUAAAGGAAACAAUUUAUGAUAUUCUGCGCAGUAUACGUGACCCAGAAAAACCAAAUACAUUGGAGGAUUUAAAUGUCAUAUAUGAGGAUGGAAUUUUUAUUCUUCCACCAACAAAGGCAAAUGUGUCCGUCGUGCGAAUUGAAUUUAAUCCAACUGUGCCACAUUGUUCGUUAGCAACUUUAAUUGGUUUGUGUAUACGUAUUAAACUGGAACGCAGUCUGCCACAUAAUAUUAAAAUAGAUAUAUAUAUCAAAAAAGGCGCACAUACAACAGAAAACGAAAUAAAUAAACAAGUCAACGACAAGGAAAGGAUAGCAGCUGCGAUGGAAAACCCCAAUUUACGGGAAUUAGUUGAAAAUUGUAUAAAAGACGAGGAUUAGUUUUGGAUAAGCUAUAAAUAAUUUUAAGUUCUAGUUAUUUAAAUAUUUAAAUUAUAAGUGAAUAUAGGAAUUUUGUGUUAAAAUGAUCUGGUGAUCCGUUAUGAAAAUCUGUUUUGUGUGGUGCUACUGAAAGUAAAUUUGUUGUAUGUCAUUUAAU